UCAGUGUGCCACCAUGGCGGCCGCGCUCCUGUCAAACAGGAAAUUCGACAAAAUAUUUCGAAAUCAUGUAAAAUUUACAAAAGCGUAUAGUAAUCAGAAAUCUAUAAUUCUAAACAAACCACAGUUAAAUUUAAUUUGUAAGCAAUGCGCGGUUACGAGCUAUUUCAGGUUUUACUCAACAACACCUCCAAGCAGUACUGGUGCCUCUGGAGGUGGAGAUACAGCGAAAAAUGUAUUGGCGGCAGUGUUGGCAAACAAACCUAAAACUGGAAAAAUUCCAGUUGGUAUCCAAAAACGGGACUGCUUUCACCCAGGUGCAUCUGUUUUGUCUCGUGAAGAUAUCAACCUGGGGGAUGCCAAACCUGUUUCCGGAGUGGACAUGUUUAGGGGCAUGUUGGAAUAUGUAUGGCCGAAGGACAACGCAAUGAUCAGGAAUCGGGUGAUGCUGUCCCUUUCUUUGCUAUUCGGAGCGAAGGUGAUGAACGUAUCGGUGCCGUUCUUAUUCAAGUACGCGGUGGACGAAGUCAAUAUGGCCACCGCGACGCCAGCGGGGGAUGCUUUAUUUGGAAUGGCCACUGUUCCUCAAGCGCUAGGCACUGCUGCCUUCAGUCUCCUGAUUGGAUACGGCAUAGCCCGAGCCACAGCGGCUGGUUUCAACGAGCUACGUAACGCGGUGUUCGCUAAGGUAGCGCAGCACUCCAUCCGGCGGCUGGCCUGCAACGUGUUCACGCAUCUACAUAAUUUGGACCUCAGCUUCCAUCUGGGGAGGCAGACUGGCGCGCUGUCCAAGACGAUAGACCGAGGGUCCCGAGCCAUCAACUUCGUGUUAUCAGCGAUGAUAUUCAACGUGGUGCCGACUAUUUUCGAACUGGCGCUCGUCUCGGCUAUACUCGGCUUGAAAGGAGGCAUGGCUUUCGCAGGUCUGGCCGUGAGUUGUGUAGGCGUAUACGCGGUGUUCACGUUAGCCAUCACGCAGUGGCGGACCAAGUUCCGCGUGUACAUGAACCGCGCCGAAAACGAGGCGGGGAAUAAAGCCAUCGACUCGCUCAUCAACUACGAGACUGUCAAGUACUUCAACAACGAGCAAUACGAGCUCCAAAAGUACGACGACAGCCUCCGCAAGUACGAGCAGGCGUCGCUGAAGACUGCCUCCAGCCUCGCGCUGCUCAACUUCGGUCAACAUGCUAUCUUCAGCGCGGGACUUAGCGCUAUCAUGCUACUGGCCGCCAACGAGAUCGCCGCAGGCAACAUGUCAGUGGGUGACCUGGUGAUGGUGAACGGGCUGCUGUUCCAGCUGUCGAUCCCGCUGGGCUUCCUGGGCUCGGUGUACCGCGAGGUGCGCCAGGCGCUCAUCGACAUGCAGACCAUGUUCACCCUUAUGACCGUGCAGUCAAGGAUCAAGGAAAUAGACAAAGCUCCACCCCUAAUAGUGGACACAAAGACAUCGACCAUAGAGUUCAAAGAUGUCAGCUUCAAAUACAUCAAUGGGAAGCCGAUAUUCAACAACCUUAGCCUCACCAUCCCGGCUGGCAAGAAGAUUGGCAUCGUGGGCGGUUCUGGUAGCGGCAAAUCAACAAUGGUGCGACUUUUGUUCCGGUUCUUCGAACCUCAAUCGGGGCAGAUCACAAUCGCCGGACAGAACAUAAAGGAUAUUGACUUGGCCAGUUUGCGAAAAGCGAUCGCUAUCGUUCCACAGGAUUGCGUGUUAUUCCACGACACGAUAUUCCACAACUUGCACUACGGCGACCUGUCGCAGCCAGCCGAGGAGGUCUACCGAGCUAGCAAGAUGGCCGAACUGCACGACUCCGUCAAGACUUGGCCCAAGGGUUACGACACACAAGUGGGUGAACGCGGACUGAAACUAUCUGGCGGCGAGAAGCAGCGCGUGGCCAUCGCACGUGCGAUACUCAAGAACGCUCCCAUCAUAGUAUUCGACGAGGCCACAUCCAGUCUGGAUUCACUUACUGAGCACGCGAUCCUCCAAGCGCUCAAAGCGGCGACCGUAGGCCGCACAUCAAUCUGCAUCGCGCACCGACUAUCCACCGUCGCCGACGCCGACGAAAUACUAGUAUUGGAACACGGAUCCAUCUCCGAGAGAGGACAACACCAUGAAUUAAUAAACAACCCUAAGUCGUUGUACUACAGGCUGUGGGAGAAACAGAACAAGGAUAUACCGCUCAAAUGAGUGAUAUGUUGAUAAAGUGUAUUUGAUACUGUUUGGCUCGGAUUAUAUGUACAGUCAAUGCAUUGAAGACCAUGCAUUUUUGAUAUAUAUCGCGCAACGAAUCUUGAGGCUAACACUUACACUGAUAUAAUAUUUGAAUUUAGAACAUAAAAUAUCUCAAAAUAUGCAAAAUGUUUACGAAAAGCGUAUACAGAUACAAAUCUAACCCCCUUACUAAUAAAACUUACACGCUCGUUGAACAGUGUUUUAAAGUGACGUUUAGGAAAUGUCAUUUUAAAAUAGUGUUUAACAACUAUGUAACUUUUUAUUAGUAAGGGGGUUAGUAUGUAGUAUAUCCGUUAAGCUAGCCCCCAUAAGACAAGCAUAUAAGUUGCUUACUUUGGUGCUAGCUGACGCUGUGUGAAAUUGUCCAAACAUUUAUUUUAUUUAAAUCUUAGCUUGUGAUGGUCGCCUCAAGUUUUGUUACGCGACCUAUACAAAAUCGCAUCUCCUAAAGUUAUGUAAGAUGCUACAAUGUUUACGUUGACGUGCUGUCUGUAGUUUGGUGAUUCGUGUGUCGGUCGCGGGUUCGAUGCCCGCACCGCACACAUAAUUAUUAUUAGAGACACUAUAGGGUAAAC